AUCAGGGCCAGCUUACCGUCGGUGCAGGAAAUUUGAUUUUGAUUUGGGGGAAGUACAUGGAUGGAACCAUGGAUGACCAAUUUUUAAUCAGGCCACAUCCAGUCCAACCCAACCCAUAUUAGAUGUCAGUCCGAUCCACUCCAAUCCAAUGUGAAAUCUCAGCCCACUCAAAACCAACCAAACAGAUCCAAAUCAACAUCAAACCCAUUCUAUCCAAACAAAUCCAGCCUCUCACUUUUCCUUCCGUGAACUUUUCUGAGCUCACUAGCGCUGUAGCCCCUCAUGCCCUCGUCUGAAUUCCGAAGAAGUCAGUCACGCUUGGCGGCUGAAACAAUAGUUAAAUACAAGCAUAAUCAAUCAAGAGUCUUCAUCAAAGCUCGGAUUACUUUGGGAAAGCAGCAUUACCACUCGCAGGGUAAGCGUCACAAGCCUCCGGCCCGGCGGUCGCUGUCUCAGCUCAUAGUCUCCUCCUACCCAUUUGCUCCCUGCCCUCUACCUGUUCGACGAAAUGCCGGAGAGGGCCAUCACAUACGCCGUGGUUGAUGCUUUCACAGAUGAGCCAUUCAAGGGGAACACGGCUGCCGUCUGCCUCCUCGAGGAGAGCUGGGAAGAACAGUUGGAUGAGCAGUGGAUGCAGUCCGUUGCCGCGGAGUUCAACACCUCCAUUACCGCGUUCUUGGUCCGUGCUGAUGCUGAUGCUGCAAAUCCCCAGUUUCAUAUCCGUUGGUUCACUCCUGUUCGCGAGGUACGUAGUACUGAGAGAUCCCCUCAUAAUUUCCCCAAAGCGUAA